AUGGGGACCGGUGGUGGCUGCGUGGUGGUGCACGGCACGAAGCCGGCGGUGCCCAUGGUCGCGGUGGAGUUCGUCUUCUCGGCGCUGCAGAUCUUCACCAAGCUCGCGCUGGACGACGGCAUGGACGUCCGCGUCCUCGUCGCCUACCGCCUCAUGCUCGCCACCGCCUUCCUAUGCCCGCUCGCCUUCCUCCUCGAGAGCAAUAAGCAAGCGCCUUGUGUGUACUUCCUGCAGGAAGAAACGGCCACCACUAACCCUGAAGGUGGUGCUAGGGUUGUUCCUGUGUGGACUUUUUGGUUGUAA